AUGACAAAUAUCACAAUUGUUACUGAAUUUAUCCUCUUGGGAUUUUCUACCAGUGAAAAUAUGUACAUUUUGCAUUCAGUGCUCUUCUUGUUGAUUUAUUUGUGUGCCCUGAUGGGGAAUGUCCUCAUUAUCAUGAUUACAACUUUGGACCAUCAUCUCCAAACCCCCAUGUAUUUCUUCCUGAAGAAUCUCUCAUUCUUGGAUCUCUGCCUUAUUUCAGUUGCAGCCCCCAAAUCCAUUGCCAACUCUUGGAUACACAACAACUCCAUUUCAUUUCUUGGCUGUGUUUCCCAAGUUUUUCUGUUGCUUUUUUCAGCAUCUGCAGAGCUGUUCCUUCUCACCAUGAUGUCCUUUGACCGCUAUGCUGCUAUAUGCCAUCCUCUGCGCUAUGAAGUCAUCAUGAACAGGGACACAUGCAUGCAUUCAGCAGCUGUGUCGUGGUUGUAUGGGGGUCUGAUAGCUGUGAUGCACACCGCUGGCACAUUCUCCUUAUCCUACUGUGGGUCCAAUAUGGUCCAUCAGUUCUUCUGUGACAUCCCACAGUUAUUAGCUAUUUCUUGCUCAGAAACUUUGGUAAGAGAAAUCGUGCCCAUCUUCAUCAAUGUGGUUUUGGAUUUCUGCUGUUUGAUAUUCAUCAUCAUUACCUAUGUCUACAUCUUCUCAGCUGUCAGGAAGAUUCCCUCAACAGAAGGCCAGUCAAAAGCCUACUCCACUUGCCUUCCACACCUGGUGGCGGUUGUACUAUUUCUUCUCACUGGUUUCAUUGCUUAUCUGAAGCCAGUUUCAGAGUCUCCUUCUAUUUCUGAUGUUGUAAUUUCUGUGUUCUACACUAUGAUGCCCCCAACCUUUAAUCCCAUCAUAUACAGUUUAAGAAACAAGGCCAUGAAGGUAGCUCUGAGGAUGUUAAUAAAGGGAAGGCUCAGCAAGAAGUAA